AACCUGUAACGACACGAGGCGUUUCGUUUUGCGUGCAGUCCGUUUGUUACCCGAGAAAAUCUUUGGGAAAGAGAGAUUGAGAGAAGAGUGUGAGGGAAAUGGCAGCAGAGGAGGGACAAGUGAUCGGUGUGCACACCGUCGAGGCCUGGAACGAGCAGCUCCAGAAGGGCAAUGACUCCAAGAAACUGAUAGUUGUCGACUUCACCGCCUCCUGGUGUGGACCGUGCCGUUUCAUUGCACCCUUCCUGGCAGAGCUCGCUAAGAAAUUGCCAAAUGUCACAUUUCUCAAGGUGGAUGUUGAUGAACUCAAGUCGGUUGCUCAAGAUUGGGCUGUGGAGGCAAUGCCAACAUUCAUGUUCCUGAAAGAAGGGAAGAUUGUGGACAAGGUGGUUGGAGCAAAGAAAGAUGGACUGCAGCAGACCAUAGCAAAGCACUUGGCUACUGCUUAAUUAAUCCCAUGUAGUUAUUGUCUGAAGAGGGUUGGUUUAUUAGGCCUUACAAUAAGCUCUAGCUAGCUGCUUAAUCUGAAUCUCGUUUCUUCCUUCGAUCUACUUGUAUUCCAUAACAUAUAUCAUGGUUUCUCUGACGACUGGCUCUUCUUUCAUGAAGAAUGGCUACACUGGUAUGUGUUUAAAUAUGGUAUUUAGAGUGUGUUUCUUAUGAUGUUAGGCGAUGCCAUGAAUGCAGUUCUUACCAGGCAUGUACAUAUAUAAAAUGCAGUUUGUGCAA